ACCCCCCCGCGCGUCUCGCCCCUGCGCCUGCGCACUUGACGGAUAGCUCGCAUUAUUACGUCGCUACGAUCAUCGGGUAAUGAGAUUGUUAUGGAAUUGUUUACCCUUUUGCCGAAGUAUCUAACAUUGAUUGGCAAUGUCCUUUACAACUUGAAAGAAAAUGACGAAGCGAAGUAUUACGCGGUUCAAUUGUCUUAUUCUACUUUCGUCACAUUCCAAAUGUGCGCUCCUGCCGUCGUCGUGGAAGCCGUCAAUAAACAGAUGGAAAACCUCAGGUUUAAGUUGCACAUGCGUUUGAUGGAAGAAAAAGAUGUAGAGAAACACCUUGAACUGUCAAGCCUUCUCCGCUUCAUGGAACAGAAACCGCUGUACAGCAAAGCGUGGCGAAUAAUACCUGAGGAUAUCAACCUCAUCGUCGCACUCUUCAGCUUUAUCACUACUUACGUCAUUGUUAUUAUCCAGUUUUUGCAAAUUUAUUAA